CCGCCAAGCAUGGCCGGAGAACCCCUCCGCGCAGCCGACCUCCCGGGCCGCGGCCGCGCGCUCCUCGCAGCCCGCGAGAUCCUCGAGGGCGAGGUGAUCCUCUCCGAGCCGCCCAUCCUCCUCUACCCGUCCUCGCUCGCCUCCCUCCCCGCCUACUGCUCCGCCUGCUUCCGCUCCCUCCCGCCACCGCCCCACGCCCUGGCCUGCCCCUCCUGUCGCGCCGCCGCCUUCUGCUCCCCGGCCUGCGCCGCCGCCUCGCACCCGCGCCUCCUCUGCGCCGCGCUCUCCCGCAACCUCGCCGCCGCCCCCGACGCGCACCAGGAGGCCCUCCUCUUCCUCCUCUCCGCCUACUCGCUCCCGGACCCCUCCCUCCGCGCGCUCCUCUCCCUCUCCUCGGCCCCCUCCCCGAGCCAGCAGCAGCAGGACGCCGCGACCCUCCACGCCAUGGUAUCCUCCCUGGCGCCGCCGCACCUGCUGCCCCCGGGCUUCUCCCCGGACCUCACGGCCGCGCUCCUCUCCAAGGACCGCACCAACAGCUUCUCCAUCAUGGAGCCGUACCGCCCCGACGUGCCGCUGGAGCUCCGCAAGACGCGCGCCUACGCCGUGUACCUCCGCGCCUCGCUGCUCAACCACGACUGCCUGCCCAACGCUUGCCACUUCGACUACGCCGACAGGCCGGGGCCGGGGAACACCGACAUCGUCGUGCGCGCGCUCCAUGGCAUCUCGGAGGGGCGGGAGGUCUGCAUCAGCUACUUCGCGGCCAAUUGGAGGUACGCUGACCGGCAGCGCAGGCUGCUGGAGGACUAUGGGUUCCGCUGUGAGUGUGACCGGUGUCAGGUCGAGAGCAAGUGGAAGUUUGAUGAUGAUGAUGAUAAUGAGGAUGACACCAUGGAAGAAGAGCAUGACAAGGAGGAUGCUGUAGAUGGUGUUGAUGAGGGGAUGGAGCAGGAGGAAGGGAGUGAUGGUGGUGAUGACGAUUUCCCACAUUCCUUCUUCUUUGUAAGGUAUCUGUGUGAUCGUGAGGACUGCUAUGGCAUGCUUGCACCGCUGCCGCCCUUGCCGAAUGGUGACCUGUCCCAUGUGUUUGAGUGCAAUGCCUGUGGCCAGCUGAAGAAGGAAGAAGAGGAUGACGAUGAGCCUGAUGCUGGUGAUUCCAGCAUGGUCAAUUAGGAUGUUUGCUGUGGUACUUUUUU